UAUCACAUAAAAAAUUAGCCGAAAAUAUUGCGUUAGAAAAAGUUCAAGAAAAAUCUGUUGAAAUUAAAAACUUUAUAAACGUGCUGUGUAGUACAAACAGGUUUAAAGAAAAAGAAGUUUUACGUUAUUCAAAUUUUACUUCUGAGGAGGUCAAUAAUUUAAAAGCAAAAAUAGCAAAAUUAGAAGAAAAAGUUAUUGGAGAAACAGAAUUACAGUGUGAUGUUU